AUGGGUUCUAGUCCUUCACGAAUACGACGAUCAUCUCAUCCGAUCUCUAUUUCUCGAUUUAAUCAUUCUCCAGGCAAUUCAUCGAAUCAAUGCCGUUAUAAUACAGUUUGUCCUUAUUGCUAUCGACUCACGAGAGGAAACGAAAACGUCGAUGAUGCUUUUCGAAUUACUUUACAAAAAUUAUUUCCUGGAGCUUAUGGACUCGAAGAAUUUGUUUUUCAAACAAAACAAAGGUUGGUUCCAAAAGGUUUCUAUCCUCAUGUGAACACUUUGGUAUGUGUUGGUUUGUGUCGUGAUGAAAUCACAAGUCCUUUCGAAGAAAAAAUUGAAGCUAUGUGGGGUCGAGCAUUUAUUUGUGGUUCUCUUGGUGGUAUAUUGUUUUGCGGUAAUACCGGUUUUGCUGCUGCACAUCAUCAUGCUCCAGAGACUAGUCGUUUUAUUUAUUAUUGUUUUACACAUAUUGCUAUUGAUCAUAAAGGAUUAGUUGGUUCCGUUUACAGAACACGUAGUGGCAUGAACGAAAAAUCAACAGCAUGUGGAGCACUCGCUGUAUUUGCUACUGAAAUAGCUUCGAAUAUAUUGAAUCUUGAUUUUGAUGAGAACGAUAUUGAAAUGAGUAUGUUAAAGAGGCAUAUCAUCCAACAAACUGAUCUUUCAACCGAUGCUAACAAUGCUCCAGAUUUACUUAAAGUAACAAUGACUGCUUAUGAUACAAUUACAAUCGAUUUAGAAAGACAUGUUCAGUACGAUGCAGAACAUUUUGAAGAUCGACAAUAUGCUUUAUUUACUGGUGUUCAAAUACAUGGACCUAAUGGAAUGGAUUAUUGUUGGGUAGGAAAAGCUAGUUUAUUAAACAAAGGAAUAUUAUCACCAUUGGUUCUUCCAGCUACCAAUAAUCCAAUGUCAACGAUUGGAAUCCUCAACGAACAACACUAA